AGAUAGAGGAAAUUGGGGUAGUAAAAGCACAGGUGCAAGUGUAGCUGUGCUGCCAUAAACAAAGAGCCAAAAAACAAAGACUAAUAAAAAGACCUUAAUUAAUUAGAGACAGAGGAGAGAGAGAGAGAGAGACUAUUGCAAGGUUGUUUCUGUUCACUGUUUUUGGGUUCAUCUUCCUCUUCCCCUGCUUCCUCAUCUUUCUUUGUGUCCAUCACCAUCACCAUCAUCAGCAGAUCCAAGUCAAACUCAUCCCCUUCUCUCUCUCUUUAACUGUUUGGUGAUCUAUGAGUUAAUGGGCUCUGUGGUGAUCAGAAUUGGUACUGUGGUUGUUUGGGCGGAACAAGGAGUUAAUUUUUGUAGUUUCAAACUGUUGUAAUUGAAUCCCUGGUUGUGGACAAUUGAACAAGCUUCUGAUUACUUCAAUUUUGAGUUGCUGAAUACAAGGGUUGGACUUAAUUCGUGUAAAUAGUCCAAUUCCUUGGCUGUUGUAUGGAUUCUGUGAAUAAAAAGUGAGCUAUUAUAGUUUGCAGUGAUUGGUACAAUGGGCGGGAUUUGCUCGAGGACGGGAAGAUUCACUGUCAAUGAUGUGACUGUAGAUAAUGCUCCUGGUCGAAGCUUUCCACUUGCUAAUGGUCAUGCCAAUGAUGGGUCUGGAAUGGUUUUUCAGUCUUCUGCAUUGCCCGUUAAAAUAAAUAGUCAUUCGACCCCGUCCCCCGUUGGUGAAAGGGAUAAGCAGUUGAGAGAUCCAUAUUCGUAUUCGGAGACAAACGUAGUUUCUUAUGGACUGAGUCAGGAAGAAAUCACUGAUGGGAUUCCCCGCAUGUCUAGGGUGUUAUCGAACAAAUCUAGAUCAACCAAGUCUAAGCAGGCAGCUGUUGCAAAGGUUUCGGAGGUGAGCUCACUUUUGGGGAGAGCUGGUACUGCUGGGCUUGGGAAGGCAGUUGAAGUUUUGGACACGCUUGGUAGUAGCAUGACCAAUUUGAACCUCAAUAGUGGUUUUACCUCAGGGGUUACAACAAAAGGGAAUAAAAUUUCAAUUUUGGCCUUUGAAGUUGCAAACACGAUUGUUAAGGGUGCCAAUCUAAUGCAAUCCCUUUCAAAGGAGAACAUUAAACAUUUAAAGGAGGUGGUACUUCCAUCAGAAGGGGUGCAAAAUUUAAUUUCGAGAGAUAUGAUUGAACUCCUGAGAAUUGCUGCGGCUGACAAGAGAGAAGAAUUGAAAGUUUUCUCUGGAGAAGUGGUGCGUUUUGGAAAUCGUUGCAAAGAUCCUCAAUGGCACAAUUUGGAUCGCUAUUUUGAUAAGUUGGGUUCAGAACUUAGCCCCCAGCGGCAAUUGAAGGAAGAAGCAGAAAAUGUGAUGCAGCAAUUAAUGAAUUUGGUUCAGUAUACAGCUGAAUUAUAUCAUGAGUUGCAUGCCUUGGACAGAUUUGAACAGGAUUACCGGCGUAAACAUCAAGAAGAGGAUAACUCAAAUGCUGCUCAAAGAGGAGACAGCCUUGCAAUUUUAAGAGCAGAGUUAAAGAGUCAAAGGAAGCAUGUAAAAAGUUUGAAGAAAAAAUCGCUCUGGGCCAAGAUUUUGGAAGAGGUGAUGGAGAAACUCGUUGACAUUGUUCACUUCUUGCAUUUGGAGAUUCAUGAAGCCUUUGGUAGUGCUGAUGAUGACAAGCAAGUGAAAGGUUCUCAGAACAACCAUAAAAAAUUGGGGUCUGCUGGUCUUGCGCUGCAUUAUGCAAAUAUUAUUACCCAAAUUGAUACCAUUGUCUCUCGGUCAAGUUCUGUACCUCCAAAUACGAGGGAUGCUUUAUAUCAAGGGCUACCACCUACCAUAAAGUCCGCCUUGCGCUCAAAAUUACAGUCAUUUCAGGUCAAGGAAGAGCUUACCAUCCCUCAAAUUAAAGCUGAAAUGGAGAAAACUCUACAGUGGCUUGUUCCAAUUGCCGCUAACACAACAAAAGCUCAUCACGGCUUUGGGUGGGUUGGAGAAUGGGCAAAUACAGGGUCUGAGUUGGGCCGAAAACCUGCUGGUCAGACUGACUUACUCAGGAUCGAAACACUCCACCAUGCAGAUAAGGAGAAAACCGAAGCUUACAUUCUUGAACUGGUAGUGUGGCUUCAUCAUCUGGUCAGUCAAGCUAGGGCUGGCAAUGGUGGAAUCAGGUCUCCAGUCAAAUCUCCAAUCUGCUCCCCAAACCAGACGUCAAUGCAGUUAUCUACACACAAACCCAACUCUCCAUCCCCCACAUUGACAGUUGAAGACCAAGAGAUGCUUCGGGAUGUUAGCAAGCGGAAAUUGACACCUGGAAUAAGCAAGAGUCAGGAAUUUGACACUGCAAAGAGCAGGUUAAGAAAGCACCACAGGCUGAGUAAAAGUAGCAGCCAUUCUCCAACAAGCGAAACUAAAAAGGACCCAUUUCCCAUUAGGAGGCCAUUUUCUGUUCCUGUCUUUGACUUUGACAUUGACCGGAUCAAAGCUUUGGAUGUCAUUGACCGAGUGGAUACAAUUCGAAGUUUAUAAUUUUAUGGCAUUUCAAAGCUUCACAAAAAAGAAAAGAAAAAAGGCCUUGUGUUUAUGUAAUUGGUAAGUCUGCUUCAUUUUUCAAUGUAGGGUGCGCAAGUAGUUUGUGGCAAGGAGAGAUCUCUGGCAAUUGUGUCAAGGGGGAUCUCAUGCGAGUUACAUAGUAGUUGAUGAGUGAUAAGUCAUCACUUUUUUGAAUGUGAAAAUUUAGGGUGAUAAAUGAGUUGUUCAGUGGCAAUUUAAUUGUUGUAGAGAUGGAAGUGGAAGGUACAUCUGGCCAUAGUUUUUGUUAGUUCUAUAUGUACAGAAUAGCAUUUGAUAAUAAUUGAAAUUUCAUGGUUCUGUUUC